AUGCAAUCAUUGAAGAGCUCUGUUUUCCUAGUGAUCCUUCACCUUCUAGAAGGAGCCCUAAGCAGUUCCCUCAUUCAGCUGAACAACAAUGGCUAUGAAGGCAUUGUCAUUGGCAUCGACCCCAGUGUGCCAGAAGAUGAAACACUCAUUCAACAAAUAAAGGACAUGGUGACUCAGGCAUCUCCAUAUCUGUUUGAAGCUACAGGAAAAAGGUUUUACUUCAAAAAUGUUGCCAUUUUGAUUCCUGAAAACUGGAAGACAAAACCUGACUAUGUGAGGCCAAAACUUGAGACCUUCAAAAACGCUGAUGUUCUGGUUGCUGAGACCAGCCCUCUAGGUAAUGACCAACCCUAUACUGAGCAAAUAGGAAUGUGUGGCGAGAUGGGCGAGAGGAUUCACCUCACUCCUAACUUCCUAGCCGGGAAGAAGAGGUCUCAAUAUGGACCCCAAGGUAGGGCAUUUGUCCACGAGUGGGCUCAUCUAAGAUGGGGAGUAUUUGAUGAAUACAAUAAUGAACAGAAGUUCUACUUAUCCAAAGGAAGACCCACACCUGUAAGAUGUUCAAAAGCAAUCACUGGUAAAAAUGAAGUUCAGAAGUGUCAGGGAGGCAGUUGUUUCACAGACAGAAAAUGCAGAUUUGACAAAUUAACAGGACUGUAUGAAAAGGGAUGUGAGUUCAUUCCUGAAGAGCAACAGACUGAGAAGGCUUCCAUAAUGUUUGCGCAAAGUAUUGGCUCAGUUGUGGAAUUCUGUGCAGAAAAGAACCACAAUGCUGAAGCCCCAAACCUGCAAAACCAAAGAUGCAACCUCCGGAGCACUUGGGAAGUCAUCCGUGAUUCCGAAGACUUUAAGAAAACCACUCCCAUGAGCACUCAGCCACCCAGGCCCACCUUCUCAUUACUGCAGACUGGAAAAAGAAUUGUGUGUUUGGUCCUCGAUAAGUCUGGAAGCAUGUCGAGUGGCAAUCGUCUUAACAGAAUGAACCAAGCAGGCAAGCUAUUCCUGCUGCAGACCGUGGAGCUGGGGUCCUGGGUGGGAAUGGUGAUGUUUGACAGCACUGCCUACGUACAAAGUCAACUCAGACAAAUAAACAGUGGGACAGACAGGGAUGCGCUCACCAGCAGCUUGCCCACCGUUGCCACAGGAGGGACAUCCAUCUGCUCUGGACUUCGAUCAGCGUUUACUGUGAUUAGGAAGAAAUACCCAACCCAUGGCUCUGAAAUUGUGCUGCUGACUGACGGGGAGGAUGGCACUAUAAGUGGGUGCUUUAACGAGGUGAAGCAAAGUGGAGCCAUCAUCCACACAAUCGCUCUGGGGCCUUCUGCAGCUAAAGAAUUAGAGCAGCUGUCCAAAAUGACUGGAGGCUUGCAAACAUCUGCUUCAGAUCAGGCUCAGAACAAUGGCCUUAUUGAUGCCUUUGCAGCCCUUUCAUCAGGAAAUGGAGCUCUCUCCCAGCGCUCUAUCCAGCUGGAGAGUAAGGGAUUGGCCCUCCAGAAGACUCAGUGGAUGAAUGGCACAGUGAUCUUGGACAGCACUGUGGGAAAUGACACUUUGUUUCUUAUCACCUGGACAACACAGCCUCCCCAAAUCUUUCUCUGGGAUCCUAGUGGAAGGAAGCAAAAUGGCUUUGUAGUAGACAAAAACACCAAAAUGGCCUAUCUUCAAAUCCCAGGCACUGCUGCGGUUGGUGUUUGGAAAUACAGUCUGCAAGCAAGUUCACAAACCCUGACUCUGACCGUCACCUCCCGUGCAUCAAGUGCUACCCUGCCUCCCAUUACAGUGACCACCAGAAUGAACAAGGACACAGGCAAAUUUCCCAGCCCUGUGGUAGUUUAUGCAAAUAUUCGCCAUGGGGCCUCCCCUGUUCUCAAGGCUAGAGUCACAGCCUUGAUUGAAUCCGUGAAUGGAAAAACAGUGACCUUGGAAUUACUGGACAACGGGGCAGGUGCUGAUGCUACCAAAGAUGAUGGUGUCUACUCAAGGUAUUUUACAGCUUACGAUACAAAUGGUAGAUACAGUGUGAAAAUAUGGGUUGUGGGAGGAAGAAAUGCAGCCACACAGAUAGCAAUGCCUCAGCAGAAUGGAGUCAUGUACAUCCCUGGCUGGAUUGAGAAUGGUGAAAUCAAGUGGAAUUCACCAGCUCCUGAAACAAAUAACAAACUUCAAAUGAAGCAAGUGUGCUUCAGCAGAACAUCUUCAGGAGGUUCAUUUGUGGCCUCCAAUGUCCCAAAGGCUCCCAUCCCUGACCUCUUUCCACCUUGCCAAAUCACUGACCUGAAGGCCAAAAUCCAAGGGGACAAUCUCAUUAAUCUGACUUGGACAGCUCCAGGGGAUGACUAUGAUCAUGGCCGAGCUUACGAGUAUAUUAUUCGAAUAAGUGCAAGCAUUCUUGACCUGAGAGACAAGUACAAUGAUUCAGUUCAAGUGAACACUACUAAUCUCAUCCCAAAGGAGGCCAACUCUGAGGAAGUCUUUGUGUUCCAACCAGAAAACUUUGCAAAUGGCACUGAUCUCUUCAUUGCUAUUCAGGCUGUUGAUAAGGCCAAUCUGAAAUCCAAAAUAUCCAAUAUUGCCCGGGUAUCUUUGUUUAUUCCGCCUCCAGAGUCACCUAGUCCCACUGAAAUUUCUACUGUUUGUCUUAAAGUCAAUAGUACCAUUUCUGGACUUCAAUUUUUUAAAAUUAUGUGGAAAUGGAUUGGAGAAAUGCAAGUGUCACUAGGUUUGCACUGA